AUGUCUAGCAAAGCAAGUCAAACAAAAGUUCCUCCUACCGACAACACUGAAGUGCAUGAAAUCAGCUCACUCAUUCAUGAAGCCAAUGUACGUCUAUGUCGAUUACGUCUUUGGCUUAAUCGGCAAGCAAUAGGUUUCCAAAUUUCACCCUCUUCUAGUUCACCUCCUGUCAUACGUAUGGUUGAAUCUAACAGUCCAGCGUCAGCGGUUGGCCUUCAAAUCUGUGAUGCUAUUCUUGCUAUCAACAAUCAGAAUGUAUCUGAAGCGAAUUUUCAACAAGUCACAGCGGCUAUAAAAACUGCGCUGGAUACCAAAGGUGGCGUUGAUUUACUAGUUGUACAACAAAAAUUCUAUAAGGAAUUAAGGAAAAAAGAUAUAUCAAUGAUUUCUAGCUUGGCUAACGUACUCGUUACACCAUCUACUAUGCCUGCUGAUUUCCUUAAUUUUCCUAAGCAUCAACCACGAACUUGUGACAUUCAUUUAAAUAAGAAUAACAAAACAUUUGGCUUCGAGGUCGUUAGUGGAGAUGAUGAUAUUGGCAUGUAUAUUCAAGAAGUCACUCCAAAUUCACCAGCUAGCGAUGCUGGCUUACGUAAAAGUGAUCGAAUUAUAGAAAUUAAUGGCACUUACAUAGAACAAGAUUCCAAACCGAAUUAG